CGGCUCCUAUGCUGGAUUGAAUUAUCCAAUUUACAGUACUAAAUAAUGUCCCAUCUCGACUUGACCCGCCAUCGAACCCGAUCACCCUCGCCAAGCCAAAUUUUCGGCUCUUCGACCACCCUGGUCGCCACUAAUUCGACGCACUCAGAGCCGUCGGCAUCGUCGAUUUUAAGAUCGAUUUUGGGGGAAUAUGCAGAUCCUAAAAGGCCUGAUGUCAGUGAGGCUGAUCCAAUAUGCCGUCCUGUCAAGCGCGUUCAUAAGACACCCGCUGUCCGAGCUUCAAGUCCGGGAAGAGAAAAUGUGCCCGUGAGAACUCUGCAAAGCUCAAAGGACGCAAAAGGGGAUAAUUUCUCUGGUGAUGGGCAGUUGACUCCCUGCGGGGGCCCCAGGCCACUAGCUGAGAGAUUGUCUCCGAAAUUACCGGCAAAGCAAACUAGGAGGAAGGGAAUUGGCGCUCAGAAGCGAACUAAAGGCUGUGAUCUCGUUGACAGGAUCUUGACUGGUCGGUCAAUUAAGGCCUCAGCAACAGCGGCCUCGAAAUCCUCGGACUUGCCACAACCACAAAGGAAGGGAAUCCCAACCUUGAUUAAGGAGGCCAACCCGGGAGAGGCGGAUUGGGAGGACGAGGGACUGCAACUUCCUGCAACGAAGAGAAAGUAUAGCUGGACGCCAGUAAAGGACACGAAUUUAUCUAUUAUCGACCUCACCGCAAAUUCCGGCUCAUCGCCACCUAGUAUACCCGCGCGUGGAGCCCAAAAGUUUACUUCUUUGGUAUCUCGUUACGGCUUCGCAGAAACCUCGCCUUUGGCCAUGAAAAAUGAAUUUCCCGAAGAUUUCCCCACGAGGAAACGGCAGUUGGAUCUCCUCCAAGGGACUACGAACAGCUCCUCAUCUGAGGGAAGUUCAAAUAAAUCCUCAGGAAAAUGCCCUUUAAAAGCUAACGGCACAAAGGGCAGGCGUUCUCGUAGAGCUACAACGAUCACAUCACUUUCUACAGCACAAUACGGACUUAAAGAUUCCCCUGUAGAAUUCUUUCCAUCAGUUGACACAACGGAAAGACCCUCCGGGAAACGGUCAAAGUCCCAGACCAAGAAAGGCGGGAACAAGAAGCCCGCAGGGGUAUCGGACUUCAAAGUUGCGCCGACCACAGAUGCCCUCAAAUCUUUAGAGGACCAGGUGUACCUUUUCGGAACCUCAAGCCAGCUGGAGCGAGUCUCUUCAGACGAGGAUAAGCUUGGGGUGCCUUCAACCCCGGCAUCUUCCCGGGAAUCUGCUCGUGAUAGAACCUCUGUCUCUACACUUUCCAAAUAUAAAGUUUCAAGGAAUCUAUGGGCCGCCGGUUGGAGAGACUUAGAUGGAUCAGUUGCCGAUAUUGAGAUCGUGGAUAUGGUUAACAUCGAUACUCCAAAAUCCCAUGAAUCGUCCACGCUUACACUUCCGUCCACCUCUACCAACGCCUCUAAUCAAGGGUUUACUAGCCAAAACACAAUCAAUGAUAGAAGCAAACCGUCUCAAACAACAUCUACAACUACUGAAUCAACUGGCGUGGAGUCGGGGCAAUUAGUUGUUCCGAGUUUGUGCGAAGACCUUUCAGAAAAGGCAGGUUAUCCCGCUGUGCCGGAAAGGGAAACUCUAUCUUCCAGAGAAAUUACCAGCAGUAAAUCUGCCUACAUUGAAACCAUGCCGAGUUUUCGAGGAUUCACCACAGCAGAGCUGGCUCAAAAGGUAGCUGCAUUUGGAUUCAAGCCGAUAAAGAGCCGUGAGAAAAUGAUAUCGCUGUUGGAAAAAUGCUGGCAAAGCCAGCACAAAAACUCAGCUCCAACAUCACUGCCAGCAAACAACGCGAAACCUCCUGACUCUCAUGCUAGCGGACAGAAGAACGUAGUUAGAUGCAAUACUGGAGGAAGCAACGCUUCGCAUACAACUAAACGCGCCUCAAAAGCGCCUCAAAAGAAACAGUCGACUUCGUCUACAUCUCUCAGUGCUGAAGGUGGGCCAAAACAAGUCGAUUGCAGUCAGGAAAGACCUAACCAUGCUUAUCUCACACAUGAGAGUACCCAAGCCUCGUCCCAGCCUGUUAUUGUGAUUCCGGAUAGCGAAGAAAGUGGUGAUGACUUUCAAGAUACUUAUCUAGGGUCACUUAAUCGCACAUCCUCCACCAAUUAUCAUCCACCAUCCGCCAAUUCCAUUCCUGACGGGAGUCCCCUAUUUCUAAGAACGAUCUCUCAAGCUAGUACUGAAGAAAAGACGUCCGACCCUUCUGAUAUAAACCAACAAAUAACCAGGGCCAUAAAAGCACAACCACGAAUGACUGCUAUUAAUGGAAUGAAGCGACCGACCUGGCUCGAAAAGAUUCUCAUGUACGAUCCGAUCUGGCUGGAGGACUUAACCGUUUGGCUCAACACCGAAGGAUUAGAUCGGGUUGGGGAAGACAGGGAAGUUAGCAGACUCACCGUGAGAGAAUGGUGUGAGAGCAAGGGUAUAUGUUGCACUUGGAAAAAGCCAACUUAG